AUUGCUCAUAAGAAAGAUCCAGAGAGUUUGUAUGAUGAUCCUCAGUUAUAUCCACAGAUGUUCCUUUGGCUCUUUCCAUAUUGUCUAGGUGGCCUUGGCAAUAACAGAAGUCAGCAAGCUGUAUCUGAGACAUUGCAUAAGAAGUAUUUACUUAUGUACCAUGAUAAGAGAUUUCAAAUGAAUCCAUACUUUCCUUUGAUUGCCUUCAAUUAUGAGCAGAUUAAGAAGGCUACUACUAGAGGUUUUCUGCUGGCUAACAAGGAUAACUUUGACCAAAUCUCUACUCGUCUACUCAACACUAAGGACUCUGUGCUUACACAAAUGAUUGAGAAGCUUGAGAAAGGCCUUGUAAAGACUGAUAACUUGACACCAGAGCAGCAAGAGUGUUACAAGAUUAUUAAUAAUAUAGACUACAUUAGAGCACAUGUGCCUGCAUCUAGAACAAACCAUAAGCACAUGAGAAACCAGAUUUGGUUCUUGACAUCAUAUCAUAGUGCUCCAAGUUGGUUUAUUACAUAUGCUCCUGCAGAUAUUAAACAUCCAAUCGCCAUCUACCUUGCAAAUACCAGUGAGAGAAUUUUCCCUGCCAGACUAUCAGAGAAUGAAUGCUUUAGGCUUAUAGCAAAUAAUCCUGUAGCUGGAGCUUGA